AUGACAAUCGCGGUCCUGGCGACUACUACGACUACGACAAAGCGUCGCGAACCGCUGGGGACGAUAGCAAUGGCGGCCCCAAAGGCGCAAUCACAAUCCGCGGGCGUAUUCAGAGGCGCAGGGGAACGGAGGACUACGCGAUUAAGCGCAAGUAAACAAGGACUGGAGGAACUGACAAAGGACGGGAAACGGAAGCCUGUUACAGUGCAAUACGAGGAAGAUGAUGGAUUCCAGUUCUCACGAAAACCGCCUAAGAAGUCCCGGCCUUCAGUUGAAGCGGUUUCCGAAAACCCCAAUUCGGAUAUGGAGAAUGGACACCCUAAGGCAACACCGAGACGAGGGCGGCCACCGAAGAAGCGGCCGGAAGAUAUUACUGGUUCAAGCGGGGUGCCAGCGAAGGGGGUAUCCAUGGAGCUUCCAAGUAGGAGGCCGACGAGGGGGUCUGGAAAGACGAAUACAGAAUUGGAGACUCAGUCCGCAACCGCGACACGCGCAACGCACACCCGCGAUAGUCCAGAGCACCAGCCAGAAGCCAAGAAACCGAGAAAAGGACGACCCCCGAAACCGAAAGCGCCAGAGACAAACGGAUAUCGGUCACCAGAACAACCGCCUGCGGGAACUAAGGUGGCACUGCCUACAGCUGAUACCCCGGUCAUCCAGCGCAACAAGGAGCUCCGGGGUGGGAAGGGUGAUAAGAAAGGACGACGAAGCAGUUUGAGCAGACGGGGACGACGAGCCAGUGAUUUAAUCGACUCGGGCACGUCUAAUGCACUACCCCAUCGGGAAGUCAGCGUUGCAGACUUUUAUAAGCACAUUGCAGACGAAGGCCUUCUAGAGCCGCGAAGGAUGCGCCAGCUUUUGAUUUGGUGUGCGACUCGUGCGUUGGGCGACAAGCCUUCAGGGGGCUCAAAUUCGGAUGACCAGAGCGCACGGUUAGCAGCACGUGUGAUCCAGGAGGAGCUACUUCGAGAGUUCUCGAGCAAUUCAGAGCUUUCCAAUUGGUUCUCUCGGGAGGAGGUGAAUCCUCCAGCCGUGAUUGUGAAGAAACCGAACCCACGAAACGUGCAGAACACGGAUAAAAUCAAAGAAUUGGAAGAGCACAUACAAAAAUUACAAAAAGAACGACAAUCUCUCAAUGCAAUCCUCCGUCAACCAGCCAUUCCAGCCCUUAAGUCGGACUCGCAAGUGGGCCAGCAACAGCAGACACAAUCCUCUCAGAAAUCACAACGGGAAGAAGUUGAUCCCACUCUCCUAGACCCCUCUCAACAAGCCAUAUUGAGAUCUCUCAAACCUCCGACUCUACCUGAAGAGGAAUCUUCUAACACAUCUUCUACCCGACCACCUAUGACCCCAUCUGCUGUCUCAUCCCAAAUAUCACGCAUUACAGCUGGUCUCGCGCCAACACUAGAUGCCUUCGCAGCCGGUGUACAUGACAUCGAACUAUACCGCGCUUCCGCAGACGCCGUCUCAUCUCGAGUACUCCGCAUCUGCUCACAACGACUAGAAGAGCGCGACGCGCAUAAUACACAAGGCCGUCUCGCAAUCGAAGGCGACGAUAAUAACCAGCCGCCAGAUAUCCCAAGGCCCCGAGAAGACCUGGGUCUUAUUCUGGGAGCACUCAGUCGGCUCGAGAGGCGAUAG